CGCUCCUGCUCGCGCCGGCGCUGCACCGGAGCCUCCCCGCCGCCCGCUUUGUGCUUCCCUCCGAAGAUGGGAGCGACCUCUCCCAGCUCGGGAGCUAUUUAAAAAGGAGGGAGUGCGCCGUCUUUCCUAUUAGCGUGGAGGAGCCGGAGAAGGAUCCAGUCACACUCCCCCAAACCAGUAGGUUGGGACAGUUGGAACUCUGCCAUUGUCCAGCAUGCUGCAGCUCAGUCUGUCACCCACCUUGUCGAUGGGAUUUCAUGUGUUAGCCAUGGUGGCCCUCGUGUUUUCCCACGUGGACCAUAUAAGUGCUGAGACAGAAAUGGAAGGAGAAGGCAAUGAGACUGGCGAGUGUACUGGCUCCUAUUACUGUAAGAAGGGGGUGAUUUUACCCAUUUGGGAGCCCCAGGACCCUUCCUUUGGGGACAAAAUUGCUAGAGCGACUGUGUAUUUUGUGGCCAUGGUCUACAUGUUUCUUGGCGUCUCGAUCAUUGCUGACCGGUUCAUGUCCUCUAUAGAAGUCAUCACGUCUCAAGAGAAAGAAAUCACCAUAAAGAAACCCAAUGGAGAGACCACCAAGACAACUGUGAGGAUCUGGAAUGAGACAGUGUCCAACCUGACCUUGAUGGCCCUGGGAUCUUCAGCUCCAGAGAUCCUCCUUUCAGUAAUUGAGGUGUGCGGCCAUAACUUCACUGCAGGAGACCUUGGUCCUAGCACCAUUGUGGGGAGUGCUGCAUUCAACAUGUUCAUCAUCAUUGCACUUUGUGUAUACGUCGUCCCAGAUGGGGAGACAAGGAAGAUCAAGCAUUUGCGUGUGUUCUUUGUGACAGCAGCAUGGAGCAUCUUUGCCUAUACCUGGCUUUACAUCAUUUUGUCUGUCAGCUCUCCUGGGGUUGUGGAAGUCUGGGAAGGUUUGCUUACUUUCUUCUUCUUCCCCAUCUGCGUUGUGUUUGCUUGGGUGGCAGACCGGAGGCUCCUGUUUUACAAGUAUGUCUACAAGAGGUAUCGGGCUGGCAAGCAGAGGGGAAUGAUUAUUGAACACGAAGGAGACAGGCCAUCUUCCAAGACAGAAAUUGAAAUGGAUGGGAAAGUGGUCAAUUCCCAUGUUGACAGUUUCUUAGAUGGAGCCCUGGUUCUGGAGGUUGAUGAGAGGGACCAAGAUGAUGAAGAAGCCAGGCGAGAAAUGGCAAGGAUUCUGAAGGAACUCAAGCAGAAGCACCCAGAGAAGGAAAUAGAGCAAUUAAUAGAAUUAGCCAAUUACCAGGUCUUAAGUCAGCAGCAAAAAAGUCGAGCAUUUUACCGCAUUCAAGCUACCCGCCUGAUGACUGGAGCAGGCAACAUUUUAAAAAGGCAUGCAGCAGACCAAGCCAGGAAAGCCGUCAGCAUGCACGAGGUCAACACGGAAGUGGCUGAAAAUGACCCUGUCAGUAAGAUCUUCUUUGAACAAGGGACGUAUCAGUGUCUGGAGAACUGUGGCACGGUAGCCCUGACCAUUAUCCGCAGAGGUGGUGAUUUGACCAACACUGUGUUUGUUGACUUCAGAACAGAGGACGGCACAGCCAAUGCUGGGUCUGAUUACGAAUUUACUGAAGGAACUGUGGUCUUCAAGCCUGGUGAGACCCAGAAGGAAAUCAGAGUUGGCAUCAUUGAUGAUGACAUCUUUGAGGAGGAUGAGAAUUUCCUUGUGCAUCUCAGCAACGUCAAAGUAUCUUUGGAAGCCUCGGAAGAUGGCAUCCUGGAAGGCAGUCAUGUCUCUACCCUUGCUUGCCUGGGAUCUCCCUCCACUGCCACUGUGACUAUUUUUGAUGAUGACCACGCCGGCAUCUUUACUUUUGAGGAACCUGUGACUCAUGUGAGUGAGAGCAUUGGCAUCAUGGAGGUGAAAGUACUGAGGACAUCUGGAGCACGUGGAAAUGUUAUCGUUCCCUAUAAGACCAUUGAGGGGACCGCCAGAGGCGGAGGAGAAGACUUUGAGGACACAUGCGGAGAGCUGGAGUUCCAGAAUGACGAAAUUGUGAAGAUCAUUACCAUUAGAAUAUUUGACCGUGAGGAAUAUGAGAAAGAGUGCAGUUUCUCCCUUGUGCUUGAGGAACCAAAAUGGAUAAGAAGAGGAAUGAAAGGUGGCUUCACAAUAACAGAUGAAUAUGAUGACAAGCAGCCACUGACCAGCAAAGAGGAGGAAGAGAGGCGCAUUGCAGAAAUGGGGCGCCCCAUUCUGGGAGAGCACACCAGACUGGAGGUGAUCAUUGAAGAAUCCUACGAGUUCAAGAGUACCGUGGACAAACUGAUUAAGAAGACAAACCUAGCCCUCGUGGUUGGGACGAACAGCUGGAGAGAGCAGUUCAUCGAGGCGAUCACUGUCAGUGCUGGGGAAGAUGACGAUGACGACGAAUGUGGGGAGGAGAAGCUGCCUUCCUGUUUUGACUACGUGAUGCACUUUCUGACUGUGUUCUGGAAGGUCCUCUUCGCCUUUGUCCCCCCGACAGAGUACUGGAACGGCUGGGCAUGUUUCAUCGUCUCCAUUCUCAUGAUUGGCAUACUGACGGCUUUCAUUGGAGACCUCGCUUCCCACUUCGGCUGCACCAUCGGCCUGAAGGAUUCCGUGACUGCGGUGGUGUUUGUCGCGCUUGGAACCUCAGUGCCAGACACGUUUGCAAGCAAAGUGGCAGCCACCCAGGACCAGUAUGCGGAUGCAUCCAUAGGUAACGUCACAGGCAGCAACGCGGUGAACGUCUUCCUGGGCAUCGGUGUGGCCUGGUCCAUCGCUGCCAUCUACCACGCGGCCAACGGGGAACAGUUCAAAGUGUCCCCUGGCACGCUAGCUUUUUCUGUCACUCUCUUCACCAUUUUUGCUUUCAUCAAUGUGGGGGUGCUGCUGUAUCGGCGGAGGCCAGAAAUUGGAGGUGAGCUGGGUGGGCCCCGGACUGCCAAGCUCCUCACAUCCUGCCUCUUUGUGCUCCUGUGGCUCCUGUACAUUUUCUUCUCCUCCCUGGAGGCCUACUGCCACAUAAAAGGCUUCUAAAGGAACAAUCAGAUGUAGUAAAUUUAUAUAUAUAUACAUAUAUAUAUACAUAAAAUUAUGUAUAAUGAACAGAGGAAACUGGCGUUUGUCAUAUCCACCCACCUGCUGAUGGAAUCCAGCUUCAAGAGCAGACUCUGUACUAGGGCCGGAGUGAGAAGGCAUCACCUCCCGUUCCCAGGGGCAUCGUCUUGUUGAACCAGGCAUGGAGGCAGGGCUAUCUUUACAGCUCAGCCCAGAAGAGCUGUGUUCUCCCCGGGUUCAUAAAUCCUUAAGUCUUUGAUUUGUUUUCUGUUUUUGCUUGUUUUGGGUCGGGGUUGGGAGGUGGUUGAUGUUAGGGUUUGGUUUUGUUUUUGCAGGGGGAGGAUCAGGGUUUGUGCUUCUCUUGCGGGAGGUGAUGUCCAAUCUCAAUGGUAAAAAUGGAAAUCAGGAAGAUGACUCUCCCUUUGCCCAAAAACUUUAAAAAUUAUUUUGGAGUAAGAAAGGAAACGGGCACUGAAGAAGAAAGAAGCAUGUCUUCACUAUAUUACUAAAUUUCAUGCUUAUCUCUGGAGCGAGAGCAGAGGUGAAGCUCCCUCCAAGAAGAAACUUGGGAGCUGGAAUGGAGCCAAGAAGAGUUGUGGUUCUAGAUACAGUCUGAUAUUUAAAGAUGCUAGGCUUGGCACCCUUGUUCAACAGGUACAAAAACAACAUGCCUAGAUUCCCAGGAACAUACAAAGUCCUUUCUUAUCUCUUUAGCUCUGGACUGUGAUUAGCAAGGCCCUGAUUCUGAUGUUCCACACCCACUGAUUCCCCAGCCUUCCCAUCCCAAACCCCUUCUCCUCCCCUUUACCCCUCAUAUAAACAGGAAGAAUAACUCCAUUCAAAAUGCACAUCAUCCUUUUCCAUUUGCAUCAGUCUGUGUCCCAUGUUGCUAUUGCCUGGGAUUGUCCAUCAGUUCUGUUUUCCAGGGCAUCAAUGGCCUGCACACUCCUGUUCCAGUCAUGAUGGAACAUUUGCUCCUCUUUCAUGUGCCUGUUUGGGAAUGUUGUUGUGAUACCUGUUACACAGUGCAUGGAUGAAAAACAAAUACAACAAAACAAAGCGUAUCUGUAUAUAGUAGAGCAUAGCAUAUACUGUUCUCCCAUUUGGCGACAUUGAUUGGACAUUGAAGACAUAAGUGAGUUUUCUUUUCACCUGAGUUGUAACUUUUGUGUUGUUAUUGAGUUUGGUUAGGGAUAAAAGGAGAAAAUGGCUUAUUGUUCAUGGAUCUGCACGUUCAUUUCUAAGAAACAAUAACUGUUACAUGGGAGUUAAAGCUAUUGAGAGGACAGCGGGCACGCAACAAAGUAUCUUCAAGGAAAAUUAGCCGUGUGGUGCACAUCAAAGCCUUGAAAACUCACCUGUUGGUUCAGGAAGGCCAAGGAGAAGGGCUGUGUGGAGAAGGGGAUACGUUAGAUGUGCCUGGGCUCUGAAAGCCUCUGUUCCUGGAACACCCCUGCCCCCAAAGUAUUUAUUUCACAUCUGCUCUGUCUGGCACAGAUAGUAGAUAGUGCUGGUUUGUUCAUUUUAUUUUUUUAUGUAAAAGGCUAUUCAGAGCCCCAUUUUUUUCACCAUCCAGACCCCUCUGAUAGUAUCUGCAGUUCCUGAGGAGAAAAGAAGCCACGGUGAGCAACAGGCCUAUCAAAGUGUGUCUUCUCUACAUAGGGCUAAGGAGGACGUGAAUCAAUGAGAUGAUUAGUGCCUCUCUGGGAGGUUUUAACCCUGGAAACGGAAUGGCUCUAUUUCACAAUAUCAAAGAGUAUGAUAAACCCAAUGUUCCAAAGCCGUGAGUCCACAAAUGAGGAAAAAUGGAAUGACUUAGGUCCCCUCUCAGACAUUUCUCUAUCCAUAAAGAAUCCCAGGCCAGAGACACCCCUAAGCCCUCUGUGUUGAUUCAGAGAUACUUAACUGAUAAUAAUUUUCAUUUCUUAUUUUCUCUUCGUCCACUUAGUAAUCACAAUCAUUCAUCAUUUAAUAAACACUGGGUGAAUGAAUAAGUAAAUGCUGAGUGCCCACUCAAUCUGCCCAGUACUAUGCUAGCACUUGGGGACUAAACAUGGACCAGACAGCCCGGAUCCCUAUCCUGAGGGGGUUCACAGUUAAUCCCUGAGCAACAGUUAACAGCCACAUGGAAACAAUUUGAUCUUACAAGAAAAACACAAUCACUGAAAUUCUCUUGCCUAGAUGCCUAAGAUUUUCUUGAACUGAGAGAGGGUAAGGCGCAGGGUAGGAACAGCAGUCUAUGUAUCCAGAUCCUUGCAGAUCUGUACAUCUUUCCAUUUUAAACCAAGUAAGGCAAUCCUGCUGAUGACCCAACUGUCUGAGAAAUCCCAAUUAAUCCCAGUUUUUAUCUUCAGCUGAUCUUUGUUGGACAGCAGUACUUUUCCAUGCCCCCUGCAGCUAUAAUUUCUCACAUCUCCUGGAGCCUCAGCCCUGACCUGUCAUGGCCCAACGCACUGGUGGCAUAGUCCUAACCCAUUUUUUUCUGAAGAUUUAUUUAAUGAAAAGCUAGCCUAGAAACACCAAGUAAAUAGUCAAGGGAUAUGAGUUGUUUAAACAUUAGAAAGACUUUGCACUCCUUUCUAGCUAUAUUUGGAAUGUUAAUAAUCCCAUAGCAAAUUUUCACAGAGGAUGGUAAGAAAUCUUGACUGUUGGUCAAUUUCAAUUUCAAAGCUUUUUGGUUUGUUUGCUUUUUAAAUUUUCAUGUUAUAGGGAAAGUAUGAUUCUGGUUGUUCAGGGUUGUUUUAGUAAUUAUAGUCAUGUACAAUUAUUUCAUUUUGUUUGAUUAUUUUGUGAGUAUUGUGCACAGCUUGGGGGGGAGGUGCACUAAUUGUGCUGUUCCUUAUAGAUGGUACACAUUAUUGACACAGACAAAUAAAGUUUCUAAUGGUUUCUGAUUUAA